AUCACAUUGGAAAGGAAAACAACCACGUGUUCUAGUAAUAUUUCUGCAGCUAUUAGGAUGCACGAGAUGAAAGAAAUGUAUUGCAGGUCCCAUUGGAAGUGUAAUACUGCAAGAAUGCAAGACCAGUCAAAUUCUAGCUUUACCAGUUCCAUUGAGACUUAGCCAAAAAGAUUUGGCUUUGUAAAGAGUUGUCAUGUAAAAGUUAUCUAGUGGGCUUGGAUUGGUUUUGGGGGGGCAAAAUAAUUGCUGACAAUGACCUGAACUUUUCAACAUAGGCAGGGAAGUGAAAAUGUGGAUUUCAGCCCUUGCAUAUCUUGCCAAUACAUUGUUUGAUUUGGAUAGAUGUUAUUGUCAACUUAAAAACAAACAACAACAAAAAAGCAUUGCCGCUUUCUCAAAAGGAGCCCAGGCAAUAGCGGCGAAAUGGAAGGAUCUGCUUAGGACAUUAGACAUCUGGCUUUAAUUGGCUUGCAGGAAUGGAGAAAUGGUGUUUAUGCUUAAUCAUUAGCAUAGCAUUUUUAAACAGCGAACUUAGUGAUUACUUUUUUUUAAUUUCCUUUUGUGGCCUAUGGCAUGACAGCUCAAUGUAAAGGAAAGAUCCAUUUGUAAUUCUCUGGGAGAUCCAGGAUGGUUUAAUCUGAAUCAUUAUUUAUGAGGUCUGCAUGAGUUCCUUGUGCUCUGCAUUGUGCAGGUGAUUAUAUAUGGUCUUGGCUGUUGGCAUUUAUAGCCAUGGAGUUACAUAUGAAAGAAGCCAAGAAGACUGGAUAUUACUCUUUAGGCUUUAAUAUUUGACAAUUACAGCAGUUCAAAGUUCAAUACAGAACCUCUUAUUUGUGGUAAUAAUUACAUGAAGGGAGGGAGGCAGCGUACAGAAUUUGAGAGGAAAAAGAAGGCAGUCCAAGAUACCGUGAAGACAGGAAACAUGAAACACUAUUAAACUGUUUUGAAGUUGCAUCUUCUUUUAUCAAAAUUAAAAAAAAAAAAAAAAAAAAAAGCGGGGGGAACACUUGUAAGCCACUUUUCAGUUGACAUUUUUGCAACAAUACUUUAGAGAAAUGUAUUUGGGAAUUAAUAUUUUAGUGGCAGGAUGCUCAGAAAAAGGGCAAAAUAUGCCACUGUACACACAUGCCGAUCAACAUUUAUAAAUAACAUUGAUAGAAUAAAUUGAAGUGUCAACAGUUUCAAUGAUUUUGCCUGAAAAUAGUGGCCUGUCCUGAAAUAGCUUUGUGAAACUCUUGCCCUGUUGCUUGAGGGGAAUAAAUUGUUCUUGACAACUUACUUGAGAUAAUACCACAGUGAUGGAAAAAACAUAGUCAACUUACAAAUGUUAGCAAAUUUCUGAAAGAAAAAAGAUUUAUGGAUUGCUGUUUUAGUAAACAGAUGAGCUUAGUCUUUCACCAGAGAUGCUAGGAAAGCACUAAAAACUUGAUACGGAAACAUUACAGGGCCCUUACAGUCAGUGUUGCAGCAGGAGGGAGCUGGGGCUGUGUUUCUUCAUCACUGCUGCCCUGCUUUGGCUUCUGCAAAAAAAACAAAGGCACCUAAAUUCCCUUGUUCAUCUCAGGUUGUCUCCAGCUUCUCUCUCUUCUUUCUUACUGCCUGAAAUGAAGUCAUGGAUGGUGAGACAGCUUCUCCAUAUCACCGAUCCACUCACACUUGAUGUAAAAAUGUAUGCAUUGUUAGUCCACCUGUGUAUAUUGCAGCUAACGGUGUGUCUGAGCAGCUCCUCAGCGUGGGUAGGAGUCACCGCUUUCUAGAGCACAGCUGGAUCCACGCUGCAGGGUGAGGGUGGAGGGAACUCAUGGCCUGUGACAUUAGGGCUGGUGAGAUGGGCCAUAAAUGUGUCUGGCGUCAUCAGAUAGUGCUGAUGUGUGGGGGAAGGUGGAAGGGUGGAGAGGCCCUGCUUGGAUUUCAUAGGGGGGAGGAUUCCUCCCUGUGGUCCAGGGGAAGGAGCUCAGUGCAGGCUAACAAGUGUUAGUGAAGCUGUCGGGUUCUCUCGGCAUCAAUCUGCCACUCCUGAGGCUGUUCUGCUGGUGGGGAGAACACUGCGAGAGAUUAGAGGAGCUCGAGAUUGAGAGAGAGAGCACGGCUUCUGUUUGUGUUCCGGGCACGUGCCAAGGGGUUUUAUCUUUACGUUUCUGUGGAUCUGCUGGAAUGAUGCCCUGUGCCCGCGACUGCAUUUCCCAGUCAGUGUUUUCUGCUGUAGGAGACAGUGCUUCGCUGCCAGAUGGACGGUGAUAGCUCCACGACAGAUGCUUCUCAGUUAGGAAUUGCUGGAGAUUACAUUGGUGGCAGUCACUAUGUGAUACAGCCUCAUGAUGACACAGAGGACAGCAUGAAUGAUCAUGAAGAUACAAAUGGGUCAAAAGAGAGUUUUAGAGAACAAGAUAUCUAUCUUCCAAUUGCAAAUGUUGCAAGGAUAAUGAAAAACGCUAUACCCCAAACAGGAAAGAUUGCUAAGGAUGCAAAAGAAUGUGUGCAAGAGUGUGUAAGUGAAUUCAUCAGCUUUAUAACGUCAGAAGCAAGUGAGAGGUGUCACCAAGAGAAAAGAAAGACCAUUAAUGGAGAAGAUAUUCUCUUUGCCAUGUCUACCUUGGGAUUUGAUAGCUAUGUUGAACCUUUGAAGUUAUACCUCCAAAAAUUCAGAGAGGCAAUGAAAGGAGAAAAGGGAAUUGGGGGAACAGUUACAACUGGAGAUGGUCUAAGUGAGGAGCUCACAGAGGAAGCAUUUACUAAUCAGUUGCCAGCAGGCUUAAUAACUACAGACGGCCAACAGCAGAAUGUUAUGGUCUAUACAACGUCAUACCAACAGAUCUCCGGUGUUCAACAAAUUCAGUUCUCAUGAUUUGAAGACAACUUUGGAUCUGGGAGCAUGAGACGCAGAAGCAGUGAAACUCUAACAAAAAGACAGUUUUAAUGACUGGUGGAGAGAUUUAUCUCUUUGUAUAUUAAAUAGCUGUAAUGUAGCUACCUGAAGCUAGACUAAUUGAGGUGUGAAUUCUGACUCAAAUCUUUUUCAUGAAUGAUUUUAAAAAAAAAAAAACAAAUUGGAUUUUAAAGGUAUUAAAGUAUUUUUGUUUUGUACAAGAGUUUGUUGCUCUGUAUAACUCCUGUAUGCAUUGUAUAUUGCAAUUUAUUACUGUCAGAGAUUUGUAGACAGUUUCUUAUUUUCAUAUUGAAUCAUGUUACUUUUGUAAUUCAGGUAAACAGCUGGGUUAAUUCAUGUUUACCCUUUGAAUAAAAAUGUAAGGGUAAAGUUCA